AGGACAAGGAUUUUAGUGACAUGCGCAGAAAUCCAGUCCGAAAUGACAACGUUAAUCGAAUCAUAUGAGCAGCAAUACUCUUCAUUAAGUGCUGAUAUUACCGUUUCUAUUGGUAAAAUCAGUAAUACUAUAGGAGGGGAGAAGCAAGCCAACAUUCGACAUGUGGAUAAAUUAUUUGAUGAAUUGGCUGAGUUGCUGGAACAGAUGGAGUUGGAAAUUAAAGAUCUUCCAGCAAAAGAUAAACAGAAAUAUAGAACCAGGUUAGCCUCAUACAAGGCAGAGAAUAAAAAACUUCUUGCUGAUAUGAAAAGAGCUAAGCUAGGUUUAAAUGCAAGGGAGGAGUUGUUAGGUGAAGAGUGCAAUGACUCUGAAGAUCAGAGGACAAGAUUGCUAGACAACACAGAAAAAUUGGAAAGAGGAUCCAGAAGGUUGCAAGAUGGCUAUAGAGUUGUCAUGGAAACAGAGCAAAUGGGGGCACAGAUACUUACAGAUUUACAAGACCAAAGAGAAACAAUUCAGCGUUCUAGAAACAGGCUUGAGGAAACUAACACAGCUUUGGGGAAAAGUUCCAGGGUACUUUCAGGAAUGGCCAAAAG